UUAAAUGCGAGUGAUGGCGCGAUUGGCGGUGGAGGGAGCCGGCCAUGGCAAAUCAAAUCAAAUGCGAUUCUUCUUUGUUUCGCAGCCUAACCCUCUGACACUCUGACCUCGAAAACGCGCCUACAAAGCCCCCCAUUUGAUUCCGCUUUCUUCAUUCCUGUUACUCGUCCUCAAUCUGUCGACUUCUCAGAGAAAAUAGCAGACAGGAAAUGAAGAGCCGCAGCUCUAGAAAGAUUUCUGUUACAUGGGUUCCUUUCUUUUGUCUCUCCUUCUUCUUUUUCGGCAUGCUCGUCACCAACAGGAUAUGGUUGGCUCCUGAAUCCAAUGGUCAGGUCAUCUCCCGGCGGCGACAUGAACAGGAACUUCAAAUCGUCUCCGAAGAUAGCCCUGUUAAGAUGCCAGGGGAAAAAAGGGAUGUGAUGACCGAAGUCUAUAGAACUCACGAAGCAAUCCAAUCUUUGGACAAGAAAAUUACAAUGCUCAACAUGGAUUUGGUGGAGGCCAGGGGUUCUCGGGAGACCCACUUCUCCGACCGCUCUACCCCGUCUCUUGGAUCCUCUGGUAAAGGUGACCUGCCGAAGAAGAAAAUGUUAAUGGUAAUUGGGAUAAACACCGCUUUUAGUAGCAGAAGGCGUCGAGAUUCUGUCAGAGAGACAUGGAUGCCUCGAGGCGAAAAGCUGUUCCAGUUGGAGCGAGAGAAAGGGAUUGUCGUCCGGUUUAUGAUUGGUCACAGUGCAACUUCCAACAGCAUUUUAGAUCGUGCUAUCGAUUCAGAAGAUGCUCUGCACAAAGAUUUCCUUAGGCUGGAGCAUAUUGAAGGGUACCACGAAUUGUCUGCAAAAACAAAAUCCUUCUUUUCCACUGCUGUUGCGAAAUGGGAUGCUGAUUUCUAUGUUAAGAUAGAUGAUGAUGUCCAUGUCAAUUUAGGUAUGCUGGCUACCACUCUUGCUUACCACCGGUCAAAGCCAAGAGUUUAUAUUGGAUGCAUGAAGUCUGGACCUGUUCUUUCUUCAAAGACUGUCAAAUACCAUGAACCUGAAUACUGGAAAUUUGGAGAGGAGGGCAAUAAGUACUUCCGACAUGCAACUGGGCAAAUUUAUGCAAUCUCAAAGGAUUUGGCCUCCUAUGUUGCAGCCAAUGGACCAAUUUUACACAAGUAUGCCAAUGAAGACGUGUCCCUCGGUGCUUGGUUAAUAGGCCUUGAAGUCGAGCAUAUUGAUGACCGCAAUAUGUGCUGCGGGACUCCACCUGAUUGUGAGUGGAAAGCACAGGCAGGAAAUGUAUGUGUUGCAUCAUUCGACUGGAGUUGCAGCGGGAUAUGCAAAUCGGUGCAGCGGAUCAAGAAUGUCCAUGAAAAGUGUGGUGAAGGGAACGGGGCGGUCUGGAGUGCCUUAAUAUAGUUGAAAGCUUCCCUUGGUCUACUUGGGUUUUUCAAUAUUCAACUGUUACCAGACAAGCUGGAGACUGUUUGGGAGUUGAGACGGAGAUGAAAUAUUAUCGUAACACGACGAGAGCAUUCACAUAUUCACAAAAAAGGAAAAAGAAAAAGUAGUUUCUGCCUCAAGCUCUUCCAAUUUUGUUCGUGUGAGAUAGAUUCAUAUAUACCUCUGUUUCUUUCUUAGUCUUCCCUUCCGAUUAUAGGAUUUAAGUUAUACGUUAUACAGCCAGUGUAUUGUGUACUUUAGGCUUCAUUUGUAUCACUUUACAAGAUUGAGUUCCUACUCAACGAGUCUGAUUCUGUUUAUUGUGUCAUUGCUUUGUAUAGCGAAAGGAAAGAGAAUAAAAUUGUUUGUUUCUUGAUUUGUAUAUUUAUACAGAAAUGAAACCUUGAUUUCA